AUGUCCUGUAAGCGUGUGCUGUUGUACGGCGGUCGUGGGUGUUUGGGAUCUGUUUGCGUCAAGCACUUUAAAAGUAAAGGCUAUUGGGUUUGCUCUGUCGAUUUCCAAGAGAAUCCUGAUGCUGAUGAAAAUGUCGUUAUUGAAGUUGUAGAAAGAAGUUCUGCCCAAGAAAAAGUCGUGAAGAAUGGUCUAGAUACGUUUCUCAGUGGUCAAAAGAUUGAUGGAAUAUUCUGUGUUGCAGGUGGAUGGGUUGGUGGGAAUGCUGCUAGCCACGACUUUUUGGAUAACUGUGAUACAAUGUGGAGAAAGUGUGUUUGGUCCUCGUCCAUCGCUGCCUCGUUGGCGUCAAAGUAUCUUUCAGCCAGUGGCCUAUUAGUCCUUACCGGUGCACAUGCUGCUCUACAAGCCACUCCAACUAUGUUGGGUUAUGGCAUGGCUAAGGCUGCAGUACAUCAGCUUACAAAAAGUUUGGCGGGUCCAAACAGUGGGCUUCCGAAUGGUUCUUGUGUGCUUGCUAUCUCACCAGCAACUUUGGACACUCCUAUGAACAGAAAGUGGAUGCCUAAAGCCAACCAUUCGUCUUGGACCCCUACAGAAAAAGUCGCAGAAUUAUUUACUACAUGGUUGGAAGAAGCUAAUAAUCGUCCUAAAUCUGGAAGUAUCAUUCAGUUAAUCACACAAAAUGGUAUAACAGAGUGUGUCCCAGUUUAA